CUGAUUGUGUCUUUGUGGUUUAGUUAUGAGGUGUUAGAGGAAGAUAGUGAGAAGAUGAACCUGCCAGUGUACUUCAGAGAGAGGCAUGCUAAGCACAGCGGAGGCUCUUCGGGCACGAUGCUCUUCGGCCAGCCUCUCCUCAUCACCGUCCCACGCCACAACCUUACCGUAGAUACCCUUUAUGAUCGUGUGCUGGAGAGGAUCGGGCGCUACGUUAAACGUUCACAGGGUACCAUUACAGACAGUAGAGCAUCUGCCUCGGCCACAUCCUCUAGCAGCAGCCAAUCACCAGAAUGCCUCGCUUCAGUGUCCAGUCACAGCACAGGCCUGAGUGGCUGCAGCAGCCCAGUUUCAGAUGGAGCUUCCUGCAGCGCUGGAUCCAACGGCAGCAACCACUCUGGAACCUGCAAUGGCCCCAAUGGAGUUUGUGAUGGUGAUGAGGAAGCCAUGGAUCACCAGGAGAGUCCAGAACCAGAGAACAGUCAUUCAGACACUGUGGAUGGAGAGGAGGAUUCAGAACCAGAGAACGGGCCCAAUUGCAGUGGUGGAAAAUCUUUUACUUCUCGACCGAAACUCUUUUCUUUCAGCAUGGUCAACUCCUACGGCACAGCCAACAUUAGUUCUCUCCCAUUUGAUGGCAAUCUCCUAAAGCUCACAACUCACUCUACAGUAGCCAUUGAUUGGGAUUCAGACACAAAGAAAUUGUGCUACGAUGACCAGGAGGCUGAGGCCUAUGACAAACAUGAGAGCAUGCUACAUGCUCAGAAGAAGAAGACUACAGUAGCUUUAAGAGAAUGCAUCGAGCUCUUUACUACAAUGGAGACCCUGGGAGAACACGACCCCUGGUACUGCCCCACGUGUAAGAAACACCAGCAGGCCACAAAGAAGUUUGACCUGUGGUCUCUCCCUCGCAUUUUGGUCGUGCAUCUGAAGCGCUUCUCUUACAACCGCUGCUGGAGAGACAAGCUCGACACUGUUGUAGACUUUCCAAUUAGGGACUUGAACAUGUCAGAGUUUGUUUGUGACCCCAAAGCUGACCCAUACGUCUAUGACCUCAUUGCUGUUUCCAACCACUAUGGAGGAAUGGGCGGAGGCCACUACACGGCAUACGGCAAGAACAAGGUGGAUGGCAAAUGGUAUUACUUUGACGACAGCAGUGUGUCGUCUGCAACUGAGGAUCAGAUUGUGACUAAAGCAGCCUAUGUGCUAUUUUACCAACGCAGAGAUGCGGACACGCCGUCCAAAUCCACCCCCUCCGCAUCACUAGGCGGAGCUCCAGAGACCCCGGAUGACCACAUGGACACCAACUGAGUUUCUUUUAGUCUUUCAAGGACUGGCACUGAAACAAAAACUACAUAAAGAUGAAAUCAUCAAUGCAUCGACGCACAUCCCUGGCUACUUCAGUGACUAUUAAAGGCUCACAAACAGGCCCUUUGUUUUUAGCUUUAUUUUAAUUUUUUCUUUCUUUCACACAUGCGUCUUUAUCAAGAGCCAAAAAAAGAAUAUUAAUAAUAAAUAAAGAGAAUUUUAGUUUGAAGCGUGACAUGAAAGACUUUAUUCUUGGACCUUGAUG